UUUAAAAAAUUGAAAGGAAAAAAAAAAAAAGUAAAAAAUCCCAAAGGAAAGGGGCUGCUCGCCUGAAUGAGAAAUUGGCGAAGAAGAAGAAGAGGGAAGAAGGAGGGCUUAUCAUCUCUUCCAUGUUCAAAGUUUUGAAACCCUAGCUAGCUCAAGUCCAGUGGAUCUCAUCUCUCUAGCAAUAAGCAAAAUAACUAGUAAAAUUCUUGCUCGCACGUUUGUACACACCAUUGUAUCAUAUCAUAUCCUGCAUCAGGCUGCCUUGGUAAUGGGAACACCGAGCCAAAUUUUUAAUUUAUUUCCAUGGGAGAAGCUUGUGUUCAAUGUUUAUGGGACCUAUGAAAACCUUUAGACCCUUUGCGAGCGCUUUUGAAGGUGAAGUGCAUGGUGGAUGCAGAGUGGAUUUGAAUUUUCCCACAACCCUCAUGGAUUCUAAUACCCUCACCCUCACGGCCACUUCAACUCUAGAGCCUCAUGAUGCCAUGGAGUUUGAAUCCCAUGAAGCCGCAUAUACAUUUUACAAAGCAUAUGCCAAGUCUGUGGGCUUCGGCACUGCUAAGUUGAGCAGUCGUCGGUCUAGAGCAUCCAAGGAAUUCAUUGAUGCCAAAUUUUCAUGCAUUAGAUAUGGCAAUAAGCAACAGUCUGAUGAUGCCAUUAAUCCUCGACCUUCUCCGAAAAUUGGUUGCAAGGCAAGCAUGCAUGUGAAGCGCAGGCCAAAUGGUAAUUGGUAUGUCUAUAGUUUCGUAAAGGAGCACAACCAUGAGCUCUUACCAGCUCAAGCACAUUUCUUUCGCAGCCACAGAAAUACAGACCCGCUUAACAAUGAUGUUAGAAUACGGAGACGGAAGAAUUUAGCUGCAGUAUCCAGCCUCUUCAGUGCCUAUCAAAAUGUUGACUGUUUAGAGAGUUACUUGAGAAAUCAGCAUGACAAGGGACGGAGUUUGGUUUUAGAAGCAGGGGAUGCUCAAGUGCUACUUGAAUAUUUUAUUUGCAUGCAGGAAGAGAAUCCAAAAUUCUUCUAUGCAGUUGAUCUAAAUGAAGAGCAUAGGUUGAGAAAUGUGUUCUGGGUUGAUGCCAAAGGAAUGGAAGAUUACACUAACUUCAAUGAUGUUGUUUUCUUUGACACCACAUACUUCACUAACAAGUAUAAAAUACCCUUGGUUCUUUUUAUAGGAGUGAACCAUCAUAUUCAACCCACAUUACUUGGCUGUGCCUUGAUUGCAGACGAGACAGUUUAUACUUUUGUCUGGCUAAUGCAAACCUGGUUUAUAGCAAUGGGGGAACAGGCUCCACGAGUAAUACUGACCGACCAGAACAACGCCAUCAAAGCAGCUAUUGCAGCAGUAUUUCCAGGCACAAGCCAUUGCUUUUGUUUAUGGCAUAUAAUGGAGAAGAUACAUAGGCACCUCGAGUUUUUGAGCAUGUGGCAUGAUAGUUUUGUGGGAAAAUUUAAUAAGUGUAUUUUUAAGUCCUGGUCAGAACAACAAUUUGAAAAGAGAUGGUGGAAACUACUUGAUAGAUUUAAUCUCAGGGAGGUUGAAUGGAUGCAGUCCUUGUAUGAAGAUCGUACUCAUUGGGUGCCUACUUUCAUGAGAGAUAUAUCCUUUGCUGGGCUGUCUCCAACUUCACGGUCAGAAAGUCUCAACUCUUCGUUUGACAAAUAUAUUCAAGGGGAAACUUCACUGCGUGAGUUUAUGGAAAGAUACAGAGUAAUUCUUGAAGAUAGGUAUGAAGAGGAAGCAAAAUCAAAUUUUGAUGCUUGGCAUGAAACACCCGAGUUGAAGUCUCCAUCACCUUUUGAGAAACAAAUGUCACUAGUGUACACGCACGAGGUUUUCAAAAACUUCCAAGUUGAGGUUCUGGGUGCAGCUGCUUGUCAUCUUAAGAAAGAAAAUGAAGAUGGCAUGUCGACAACGUACAGUGUAAAAGACUUUGAAGACAAUCAGAAUUAUGUAGUGGAGUGGAAUGAAUCAAAAUCAGAUAUAUAUUGUUCUUGCCACUCAUUUGAAUAUAAAGGCUAUCUGUGUAGACAUGCUAUUGUUGUUCUUCAAAUGUCUGGUGUUUUCACAAUCCCUUCCAAAUAUAUAUUGCAACGAUGGACAAAUGCUGCUAUGAGCAGGCAUGCCAUUGGCGAAAGAUUGGAUGAGGUUCAGUCUAAAGUCCGUCGUUACAAUGAUUUAUGUCGACGAGCUAUAAUACUGGGUGAGGAAGGGUCACUAUCUCAAGAGAGUUAUGAUGUAGCAUUAUGUGCAAUAAAAGAAGCUUUGAAGCAAUGUGCAAGUUUGAACAACGUUGUUGAGAACAAUGCAAAACCUAAUGACCCAGCAAUACAUGGUAUUUGCGGUGUUGAUGAAGAGAAUCAAUGCAGCACAGCAUCUGGUGACAAGUUGUUUGGUCCUAAAGUGAGUAAUGCCAACAAGACUCCUAGAAGAGCUGGGUCCGGGAAGGAGGUGGCUAGGAAUGAGAACACUGCAAGCAAGAAAGGAAAGGUACCUCAGCUGGAAGCUACGAGUGUUGGAACACAAGACGGCUUUCACCAAAUGCAACUCCCUGACACAAGAGCGAUGCAGUUGCGGAACGCGGUGCCGUCGACAAUGUUUCAAAAUGUUGCAUCAGCAGCACAGUUCCAUAAUGUGGUAUCAACACAUGUGCAUGAGAAUCAUCUCCCUCAAUGACUCAAACUUUACCUUGUCCGUUAAAAGAGUGAUGCAUGUACAGGCGAACUGCUGAAGGAAGGACUGUAGUAUAACUCAGGUGCUAUUGAUGGUAAAUUUUUAGUUGUGCAACAUUUGGAUUUCAAUUGAUUACGUUACGCCCACCUCACCUAAAAUGAGAAAUAUUUGGGAAAAGAAGGAGAAGAAAAAGUUGAUUUA